AUGGGGAUUGAGACAAGUUAUCCUUUCCAACAAGACAACGACCCAAAGCAUACGGCGGGCAUUGCUAGAGAUUGGUUGGAUGAAAAUGUGCCAAAUGAAUUGAAUACACCACCACAGUCUCCAGAUCUCAAUCCAAUUGAGAAUUUAUGGGAUAAUUUGGAUCGACGCAUCAGGACACACAAAAUAUCCAACAAGAAUGACCUGAAGAAUGCACUCGAAGAAGAAUGGUCAAAGAUCGACACCGAAACCACACAAAAACUAGUAGACUCGAUGCAGAGUCGCUUGACUGAUGUCAAUUGGACAGAAGCGGUGAAGCAAUGUGAAUCAAAAGGAAUGGAACUGGUGAGCAUUUUAUCGAAAAAGGAAAAUGAUAAUUUAAUCGGAUCGAUAAAGGAAGCCGGCCAGGGUAAAAUCGGUUUUUGGACUUCAGGGAAUCGAUUGGAAACAAAUGGCACAUAUUAUAGGUUUAAUCGAAGUCAAGUAACGUUUACCGAUUGGGAAAAUGGCAAACCUGACAACCGAAUCAUUGAUGGCGAGGAGGAAAAAUGUGUUGAG